AGCCUUCCUAGAUCCCCUCCACUCGGUUUCUCUCUUUGCAGGAGCACCGGCAGCACCAGUGUGUGAGGGGAGCAGGCAGCGGUCCCAGCCAGUUCCUUGAUCCUGCCAGACCACCCAGCCCCCGGCACAGAGCUGCUCCACAGGCACCAUGAGGAUCAUGCUGCUAUUCACAGCCAUCCUGGCCUUCAGCCUAGCUCAGAGCUUUGGGGCUGUCUGUAAGGAGCCACAGGAGGAGGUGGUUCCUGGCGGGGGCCGCAGCAAGAGGGAUCCAGAUCUCUACCGGCUGCUCCAGAGACUCUUCAAAAGCCACUCAUCUCUGGAGGGAUUGCUCAAAGCCCUGAGCCAGGCUAGCACAGAUCCUAAGGAAUCAACAUCUCCCGAGAAACGUGACAUGCAUGACUUCUUUGUGGGACUUAUGGGCAAGAGGAGCGUCCAGCCAGACUCUCCUACGGAUGUGAAUCAAGAGAACGUCCCCAGCUUUGGCAUCCUCAAGUAUCCCCCGAGAGCAGAAUAGGGUAUUAAAGCUCAUAGAUUUGCCCUGAAAUACACUGCCAAUGCCCAGCACACUGUCGGCCAAACACAAAGACACUUAGAGGCACGUGUGUUUGUACACAUCCCCCGUCUUUCAUCUCUUUCCUCUGGAUCAUGGACGGCAGCUGACUAUUGAGCAGGAGUGAGUGUUGGGAGAUGAGGAGAGAGGGGCUUCCCCGAUGGGCAGUUUCUGUUGUUUGGACUUCAUUCUUUUGUAAUCCAUGCAAAAAGAUGGAGAAAUUAUUAUCUGAUAAUUACAAAUACCACAACCAAUUCACAGGCAAGCAUUUGCCUCCCAGGCAGGCUGAGCCUUUCAAAUCACUCAGAAUCCUGGGUUACGGGGUCCAGAGGGUAGUCAUACACAAGGAUGAUUCAGGAAGAAAUGCAAGGAACUCUGAAAUCUAAUGGGGAUUAGCAGGAAACCAUAUCUGAAUCUCUCUUUAGCAUAAUGAAUAAGAACAAUGGCCUGAAUGUGAAUCCUGGAUCUGCCACUCUAUCUGUAUCUUUUUGGCCAAGGUACAUACCCUCCUGUGCUUCAGUUUCCUCAUCUGAAAAAUGAAAGUGAUAAUAGUAUCUCACAGGGUUGUGGUUUUGAAGAUUGAGUAUAGGUAAAGUGUUCAGAACAGUGCCGGGUGCACAGUGCUGUGUGCCAAUUUUAUGAUAAUUGUCCCAGUUUGGGAGGUAUGGGGGAUGUCCUAAUGUUUCCCCUGACUGGCUCUGUCUGGACCCCAGGCCUGAGUGGGCUGACAGAUUCCUCACUUGGUAUGCGAGUGUAAGAGUCCCCCAGGGAAGUGUCUAGUCAAAACACGAACCUUCCGCCUUGACACUGUCUUCCCACACACAGCAAGAGCAGCUCCACCAAUGGCUUUCUUUUCACUAGCUUCCAAAGAAUUGGGGUGGAGGGAGUGAAAAGGAGAGGGAGAGGGAUUGGGAAGGCUCGUAAUCAUGGAGAGCCUCCUGCUUUUCUCCCUGUGUCCCUGUUACCGAUACUCACUGGUCUCAAGGUGGCACGCCCAAGACCCAAGGAGCUGGUGCUUGAUGAUGCUGCCUGUGCAUGAAUUCCUGGGACCAGAGACUGAGUCUGGCCCCCCAUUUAGUGUUGGGUGAGAGGGCACAAAGAGCUAUAAUAACUGUAACUUGCUGAUUACAUGGUAGUUACUGUAUCAUUUUGCUCUCAUUAGAUGGUUAUUUCAGUCCUGCCGACGGCCAGAUAAUUAUACGAGCAGCUAUAUCUGGAUGACAUACUCUCCUCCAGCGUUAUGCACUGGCCAUAAAGAUAAUUACAGUGCAAUUUUGCUAUAGUAUUUUAUACAAAUGGCAAAAACAAGUGCAUUGUGGAAAUCUACUUUUAAUGCUUGUUUGUGCAUCCAGGCUCUUUCAGAGGGACCCAUAAUUGCAGUCUUCAUAAUCUUACCACUGAGGGAGCAUUCCCUACCUGUUAGGUGUCAGGCAGAAUAGGACAUAAGGUUUCUGGGAGCUGGCAUUUAAAGAUUAGAUGAGAUGGAUCAACACAGAUCAUUGUGUCAUCUGAUUUCAUUCAUGUGAAACUGUAAGUAAUCCCUGGGCCUGUGCUUCCUCUGGGAGGUUUCUGGGAAGAGGAGGAACUGGAUAGGGCAGGGGGAGCAUUCAUAGUAGGGCACCUUGGGCAGGGCUGUGUGUAUGUCUGGCUCAUGGUGGUGCUAGGAUGGCAUGAACUUGGUUCCUACAUCUUUGGUCCACAUGGGCCCCACUGGCCAUGCACACAGGUGUGUAGAGUAAUGUAAAUAUGGCAGCUGGGAAGGUGCAAGUACCUGCGGCUAGGAGAGUUCCAUCCUCAGGCCCAGAGCCUGGAGGGCAGGCUGAGGGUCAAAACUCUUGUUCUUUCCUCUCUCACAGACGCCUCUCCCCUUCUCUCCUGCUGCCACAGCAGGUUUUCAGUGGGACUUUUUUACAGGACAUAAGAUGUGAUUUCAGUGUUUUUUUUUUGUUUUGUUUUUUUUGUCCUCAGUACUCCACUUCCGGACUCCUGGACUGCAUCAGGAAGACCUCUUUCCCUGUCCCAAUCCCCAGGUGUGCACGCUCCUGUUACCCUUUCUCUUCCCUGUUCUUGUAACAUUCUUGUGCUUUGACUCCUUCUCCAUCUUUUCUACCUGACCCUGGUGUGGAAACUGCAUAGUGAAUAUCCCCAACCCCAAUGGGCAUUGACUGUAGAAUACCCUAGAGUUCCUGUAGUGUCCUACAUUAAAAAUAUAAUGUCUCUCUCUACUCCUCAACAAUAAAGGAUUUUUGCAUAUGAA